AUGUCGUUCCCGCUGCCGCCCCGGCCGCGCCGCAGCCUGGAGGACUUCGGCCUCGGCCGCGAGCUGGGCGACGGCUCGCUGGCCACGGUGCGGCUUGCCACCGAGCACGCCUCGGGCAGGAGGUACGCGCUGAAGAUGUUUUGCCGCCAGCAUCUGAGGAGCAACCACAAGGACCGGACGGGGACGUCACCAUGGAGGAGCACUGCCUCCGCCGUCUGA